AUGACAACGAAAGCACCCGCGACCUCGCGUCGCCCCGUCGGGUUCGGCCCGCUGAAGUCACGGCGGGGGUGCAAAACCUGCAAAGCUCGAAAGAUAAAAUGCGGGGAGGAGAAGCCAUUCUGUUUGCGGUGCACCAAGACGGGUCGAGAUUGCCAGUACACCGACACAGCGUAUGGGACCUUUUCGUCAGCGUCUGCAGCAACCACUAGCACGACCGUCGCGGCUACUUUUGCCUUGUCUCCAACACCUAACAGGGCAUGGCGCGAGCGACGUGCGUUUGCGUAUUACUCCCAGCAUGCGGCGCCUAUCCUUGGCGGACUAGACGCCGAGUUCUGGGGGACGAUUGUACCUAGGAUAUGCCAUAGCGAACCGGCCGUUUGGGACGCGAUCAUCUCGAUUAGUUCCUUAUUCGAGAACUACACGCCCUCAAAAUCCAUCACGAUGCACCAAGAUGCGCUGGGUUGGUAUUUGCGUUCUGUGUCGGCCGUCCGCCAGCAAAUUGAGCGUGGCGUCACGGACGUCUUCGUCGGCUUGAUCAGUUGCGUGCUGUUCAUCUGCAUCGAGGCUCUGCAAGGUAGCGCACAGGAAGCCAUACGGCUCUAUCACCAGGGGACACAGCUUGCUCUGGCGUUACGGGACCAGAUAGUAACCGGGACUGUCCCUGCAUCAAAAGGGUUAUUACUGGAAGAUACGAUUGUGCCUAUUUUUGCGCGCUUGAGUGUCCUAGCCGAUAACCAGUCCAAAGCCACAGCGGCCGUGUUACUUCGGGAGAUAGACCGGUUGUUAACGCCCGGACUGAGGUUUGCUUCGCUCAAGGCCGCUCGCGAAGCCAUAUUCGUCCUGACGGCCGAGACGCAGUUGUUCCAAGCAGCAUGCGAAGAACAUCACGAUUCAACAAACGAGUUCUAUGUUCCUGAUCAAAUGAUGGCACAGCAACUAGCCAUCUUAUCACGGGUGCGGACCUGGCAGGAAGCUUUUACGGCCCUCACCAGCUCGCUCCAAGCUCGAUUAGACCCCAUGUCCCCUCAGGAAACGACCACCAUUGCUCUCCUCUCUACACAUUACCAGAUGCUCUACGUCAUCAUAGUAACGUGCAUCACGCGAUUCAAAAUAUCGACCGACUCCUGUCUCCAAAAUUUCCAGAUCAUUGUCGAGCAGUCUCGGAUCGCACUUGACGCCUCACUGCGCUCAAAUGGAACGCCGCCGCCGUUUACAUUCGACAUCGGUGUCGGAGUUCCACUUUGGUUCGCUGUUCUUCGAUGCGCAGAUCCGCUGAUCCGGCGCGAGGCGAUUGCGUUACUAGCCAAAUCGCCCCAGGUGCAGGGGUUCUAUCCGACCACGUUCGGUGUUAGUUUCGCGCAGGCCGUUAUUGACGUCGAGGAGAUGUUUGCCAGGGAUAUUGAUAUAGGCGCAACCAUGUCGCCCGCCGCUUGGACUCUGACGCCCGGAUCGGAAUCAAUAUCACUCAGUCCCUUGCCGAGUCCGCAGCACAGCCCGAGCAAUAGCAGCAACGGCUCUAUGCGCCAGGCCAGAAUAACAGCCUCGGACUCUGGAACUGGCUCAGUGAACCUGGAUCCCAAGCCACAUGCAGAUCUAGCAACGGUGAAUACGAGUAUGAACCCCGGUCUUAUCCUACCGAUCCCCGAGGAGGCGCGAAUCAAACCGUAUGGUGUGUUCAUCCCGCGGAAUGGGAUACCCCCGGGAACAAGGGAGGAAGAUGUGAAGAAAUGGAACGUUAGCUCCGAUACGCCGUUCCUGCAGUUCUCGCGGAAUAGGUUUGACCAUGAGAGUGGGCGGUGGAGGGUUGUUGAUGAGGUUGUUCCGGUUUCUAUUGAGAUGUAG